AUUAAGUUAAGAAAAAUUAAUUUGAAUCUAUGAAGAUUAGGUGUUGAAUGAGACUUUGUUCUUCAAAAUUGAAGAAACAACUUGAUAAAACCAGUAAAUUAUUGAUAAAAAAAAAAAAAAAAAAAAAUGAAACGUCACAUAUACUGGUCACAAAAUAAUAUGCGAGCUAAAUGCGAGCCUUUCUUUUUACUAUAGUUUGUUGUGAGCUACAGACGUGAUGAUGCGAAUAGUCGAUUAGUCAUAUUAAUUAUAUUAAAAUAAUCUGAUUAAAUGUCAAUAGUCUCGAGAGCAAAAAAAGUAAUUAUUUCACAACAAGUUCUAAAUAUUUAACGAGAGUUAAAAUUUUAUGCUUUUAUAAUAAAAAUAUUUUAUCAAAAAAAAAAAAAAGAAAAUCUCAAAAUGGAUCAAGUAAGACCGGAUAAACCAAAACAAUGUACAUGGCAACCAAAUGCCAAAGAUACGCCUCAUACUAAACGUACCUUGCAUGUAGAUCGAAACAAAAUAUUGCCAAACAUUUUAGAAGCAAUUGGCGAAACACCUAUGGUGCGUCUCAAUAAAAUUCCUAAAUUACAUGGAAUAAAGUGCGAAAUAGUGGCAAAAUGCGAAUUCAUGAAUCCAGCGGGAUCAAUGAAGGAUAGAGUCGCGUAUCGAAUGGUCCAGGAUGCUGAGGAGAAAGGUUUAUUGAAACCUGGUGACACGGUUAUUGAGCCAACAAGUGGAAAUACGGGAGUUGGUCUGGCAAUGGUAACCGCUGUCAAAGGAUAUAAUUGCGUUACAGUUAUGCCUCAAUGGAUGUCAAAUGAAAAGCAAUACACGAUGCAAGCUCUUGGGGCAAAAGUUGUAAGAACACCGGCCUCAGGAAUGCCUGACAAUCCCGAGGGACCAUUCAUGAUUUCUGCAAAAUUGCUUCAACAAACAAAAAACAGUGUCAUUUUAAAUCAGUAUUCAAAUCCAUCGAAUUCACUUGCUCAUUAUGAUACAACUGCUGAAGAAAUUUGGCAACAAACAGGUGGGAAAAUUGAUUAUUUUGUCGCUGGUUCCGGAACUGGAGGCACACUCACUGGUAUUGCUCGUAAACUUCGAGAAUUAUCGCCACAAACAAAAAUAAUUGCCGUUGAUCCUUUGGGAAGUCAAAUGGCAAAUCCUCCGGAAUUAAAUAAAACUUCAGUAAACUUUUGGGAAACCGAAGGAAUUGGCCACGCUUAUAUUCCAUCGAAUAUGGAUCGAGAUGUCGUGGAUCAAUGGGUAAAAUCAAAUGAUCGCGAUUCUUUUCUCCUCGCGAGAAGUUUAAUUCGAGACGAGGGUUUACUUGUUGGAGGUAGUUGCGGAGCAGUUUUGUACGCGGCUUUGCAAAUAGCAAAAGACCUUCCGGAAGAUAAACGUGUCGUUAUUUUAUUACACGACGGAAUUCGAAAUUACUUAACGAAAUUUGUUUCCGAUUAUUGGAUGGAGAGUCGUGGCUAUUUGGAUUCUCCUGAACCAAUGGAAAAUAAUCUAUGGUGGUGGAAUCUUACGAUUCGAAAUCUUCAUUCAAAUAAAACACACAUAAUUACUGAAGAAACAACUUGCGAGGAUGUAAUAAAAAUGUUUCAGGAACUCAAAUUUCAUCACAUGACAAUUAUGAAUGAAAAUCAGGAGAUUGUUGGUUUUGUAACGGAAAAUUUAUUAUUCAGUAAUUUUAUUUUAGGAAAAGUGCAAAAAACCGAGAGAAUUGAUAAAAUUAUGAUUAAAGAAUUUCGUAAAGUUCAUUUAAAAACAACACUCGGUAAACUUUCACGCUUUUUUGAACACGAAAAUUAUGUCGUUGUGGUAAACGAAAAUAAAAAUGAUAAAUUAGUUGGAGUUCUCACUCCAAUUGAUUUAUUAAAUUUUAUCAAUAACAGCAAAAAUGGUGUAACUUCGUAAGUUGAAUUUAUCACAAAUUCAAUUUUUUUUUUAAAAUUUUUAACGAUUUAUUAAUUAAUAUUAAUUUUUAAAUUGAUUAUACUUCUUUCUAUAAUAUAUUAAAAAAUGUCAUCAUAAUUUCGACAUAAAUAUUAUUUUGUAAUUCUUAUAUUUAAAUAAUAAAAAUAUGAAACAAA